GCGAUGAUGCCGCGUAGCUCGUCCUCGUGCGCGCCCUGUCCUCUGUCGCGUCCCUCGAUCCUUCUUCUUGCUCUCCUAGGCUUGAUCAUGCUCUCCUCGUCCUCCGCCUUCCUCAUCACUCCGAGCGCCUUCAUGCUGGACCCCUACCGACCGUUGUCGGCGUCGCUUCCUAGCAGCCCGCGUCAGAUCCUGUCGACGAUGAGCCGGCUGGAGCAGGAGAUGGACCGCAUGCUCGACUCCGUCAUGGAUGUCACCGGCGGCUUCCUCCUCCCGGACGAGGCCUGUCGCGACCCGCCUGCGAGUCCCGUCACCAACGACCCCAGCCCCUCGGACGGGGAGGGAGGAGGGGCGGUGAUGCGGCUGCGGCCUCACUUUGACAUCCAGUCGACCUCCGAUCGUCUCCUCGUCACCGCCGCUACCCCGGGCCUCGCCAAGGACGACAUCGCCGUCGAGGUCCUCGAGGCCACAGGCGACGUCCCCCCGACCCUAGUCAUCUCCGGCCGCUCGUCCUCCAAGCAGACGUCGGAGGAGCCGGCGCGAGUCCAAGCGUCGUAUGCGGCGUUUGAGAAGCGCGUCUCCCUCCCUCCCCACACGAAGCCCGACAUGGUCGAGGCCAAGUACGACAACGGAGUCCUCCGAGUGUCCGUCAAGCGACCCGAGGAGGAGCUACAGGCGCCUCCGCGGCACAGGAUCCCUCUGCUCUAGCAACCAGGCUGAGAGACGGGCCGCUGACUCCCUCCUCAGGCGGCCUGCAGCCUGCACACAGCCUAGCAGGCGAGCCGUGUAGAGACUAGACCUAUCUGUAGACGUUGUUGUACAAUAAAGGCACGUUCCCCUAC